AUGAAGAUGAAGUUCUCCUGCAGCCGAUCCUUCCUCCUCCUCCUCCUCCUCCUCCUCCUUCUCCUCCUCCUCCUCCUCCUCACCUCCCUGCCAGUGUGCUCUGCAGCUCACGGCCGCUUCGCCCACAAACUUCUGAGCGACUUAUUUUCCAACUACAGCCGCGCUCUGCGUCCGGUGGAGGACACGGACCACGUCAUCAACGUCACGCUGCAGAUCACACUGUCACAGAUCAUCGACAUGGACGAGAGGAACCAGAUCCUGACCACGUACCUGUGGAUCCGUCAGGUGUGGAGGGACGCCUAUCUCACCUGGAGGAAGGAGGACUACGACGGCCUCGACACCAUCCGCAUCCCCAGCAGCUACGUCUGGAGGCCGGACAUCGUCCUCUACAACAGUGCCGAUGAUGAGUUCUCCAGCUCCAUGGAGACCAACGUGGUGCUCCGUCAUGACGGCCAGGUGACGUGGGACCAGCCGGCCUUCACUAAGAGCUCCUGCUCCGUGGACGUCGUCUUCUUCCCCUUCGACCUGCAGCAGUGUCAUCUCACCUUCGGCUCCUGGACUCACAACGGGAACCAGAUGGACUUGUCCAACGCCUUGGACAGCGCCGACCUGGCCGACUUCGUCCCCAACGUGGAGUGGGAGGUUCUGGGCAUGCCGGCCAAGAAGAACGUGAUCCUGUACGGCUGCUGCUCGGAGCCGUACCCCGACAUCACGUUCAGCCUCCACCUGAAGAGACGCGCCUCCUUCUACAUCUUCAACCUCCUCCUGCCCUGCAUGAUGAUCUCCUUCCUGGCUCCGCUGGGCUUCUACCUGCCGGCCGACUCCGGGGAGAAGGUUUCUCUGGGCGUCACCGUGCUGCUAGCGCUCACCGUCUUCCAGCUGCUGGUGGCUGAGAGCAUGCCGCCCUCUGAGAGCGUCCCACUGAUCGGGAAGUACUACAUCGCUACCAUGACGAUGGUCACAGCCUCCACAGCUCUCACCAUCUUCAUCAUGAACAUCCACCACUGUGGCCCAGAGGCUCCUCCCAUCCCAAUGUGGGCGGAGCUCCUCAUCCUCAAACAUCUCGCCAGGAUCUGCUUCGUCUACGAGGGAGAGAACUGCAUCAGAGGAGGAGCAGGAGGAGGAGGAGGAGGAGAAGAAAGAGGAGAAAACAAAAUAGAAGCAGGAGGAGGAAGUGAAGGAGGAAGAGGAGGAGGAGCAAACCAGGAGGUGAUAGUGACCGUCCAUCACUCGGAGGAGAGAGGAGGGGAAGGAGAAGAAGGAGGAGUAAGUGAAGGAGGAGGAGGAGGAGGUGUGGAGGAGGCGCAGUGCAUGCGUCUCCUCCAGGAGGUGGCGGUGGUGUCCUCCUCCUUCCAGGAGCAGAGGGCGUCUCAGCUCCGUGUGGGGGAGUGGAGGAGGGUGGCGAAGGUCAUGGACCGCUUCUUCAUGUGGCUCUUCUUCAUCAUGGUCUUCAUCAUGAGCCUCCUGAUCCUGGGCAAAGCCGUCUGACCGUCCAAUCACAUCCUCAGGGGGACAGACUCCGCCCAACACCUGGUUGCUAUGGUAACCCUCAUAUAAACACCCGAGCUCCUCUUCUUCCUCUAGCGUCACCCUCCUCCUGAUUGGUCCCCUCUCUCCCAGUCACAGGGCUCCACUCACUUCCUGUGUCACUGUUGCUAGGUUACACAGACACAUGUUUCAGCAUGAGGAUCCGUCUCCAUGGAAACACCUUGUAAACCUGUUGAAGUCAUUAUCAGCACAGCAAUAGAACAACACAGCAACCAGCAACACAGCAACACAACAACACAGCAACACAAC